CUUUGUUAGUGCUGAACUGACCCAUUCGGUCCAUUUCUCUUCAAAAGCUCAAAGUAGAAUUUUCACUGUCACGAUGUUGCACUGUUGCUGCGCCACCUCCCAAGGCGCCUGCAAACGUUUCCAAUUUCUGUAAUCCGACUCCAACAGAAGUGUUACAGAACACUUCUUGCAACCCGUCGCCACCUUGUCACCUAACAUCAAUUCGACCUAAUCUCCUUUCUUAUGUUUUCCGAGACUGAGAGCUAAAGAGGAUAUGCAAAUUCAUCCCCUCGCGGCCUCGCCCCCUUCUUCGAGACUGAGAGCUAAACUGGAUCUGCAGUUUGAAUGAGAGAAAAUGAAAGAUAGUACUAUUGAUAUCUGAAAUCAAGAAUCUCAACAGGAACAAGCUAUCACAAUCUGAAAAGGGAAAGAAAUGGCUAACUCAGAUAAGCCUAAGAGAAGAGUAGCUUUCGUGCUGGUUGAUGGUUUAGGAGAUGUUUCACUACCACGUUUCGGUUAUAAGACUCCUCUGCAAGUAGCGAAUGUGCCUAACUUGGAUGCCAUUGCAUCUGCUGGAAUAAAUGGGCUAAUGGAUCCUGUUGAAGUUGGGCUGGCCUGUGGGAGUGACACUGCGCAUCUUUCUCUAUUGGGCUAUGAUCCGAGGGUUUAUUAUCGAGGCCGAGGUGCCUUUGAGUCAAUGGGUGCGGGCUUAGCUAUGUCUCCAGGGGACAUUGCGUUUAAGUCAAAUUUCGCAACCCUCAAUGCAGAAACUGGAGUGGUUACCAGCAGGAGGGCUGAUAGACAUUUUGAAGAAGAAGGGCCUAUUCUUUGUGCAGCUUUGGAUGGAAUGAAGCUGCCCACUUUCCCUCAAUAUGAGGUUAGAGUCAGGUAUGCGACUGAGCAUAGAUGUGGGGUGGUCGUGAAAGGACCAAAAUUAAGUGGAAACAUAUCAGGAACCGACCCUUUGAAGGAUAACCGUCUGCUUUUACAAGCUCAGGCUCUCGAUGAUUCUGAUGAAGCAAAAAACACAGCUGAUGUUGUUAACGAGCUAUCAAGGGAGAUAUCUCGUAUUUUGGUUGCUCAUCCCGUGAAUGCAAAAAGGGCUGCUGAGGGGAAGAAUAUUGCUAAUGUCGUCCUUUUACGAGGCUGUGGGAUUCGAAUUGAGGUUCCUCAAUUUGAAAAGAUACACGGUUUGCGGCCAUGUAUGGUUGCCCCUACCAAAAUUAUAGCUGGAUUGGGCUUAUCUCUUGGUAUCGACAUUCUAGAAGCUCCUGGGGCCACAGGAGAUUACAGGACCUUGUUAACAUCCAAAGCUGCCGCAAUUGCCAGUGCACUUUCGGCUCCUUUUCAAGCGUGCCCCAAUAUCUUUGUACCUGGGGAGGAUGAACAUAAACCUGGUCAACCAAAUGGCUACGAUUUUGGUUUCCUUCACAUUAAGGCAAUAGACGAUGCUGGGCAUGAUAAAGCGAGUGCCUUCAAAGCCAGAGGAUUGGAGGCCGUCGAUCAGGCCAUAGGACAGCUGGCGAAGCUCCUCUGGCAAUCUGAGUCGAGCUCUUCUGGUGCUUUACAGUACUACAUUUGCGUAACGGGCGAUCAUUCCACGCCCGUCGAGUAUGGGGACCACAGCUUUGAACCAGUCCCGUUCACUCUCUGCCGUUUGAAGGACUUUGUGGGGGCUGUAGGUGGGGAUUCCAACCUUCUAGAAACUUCUCUGGACCCUUUCCCGCUUCCUAGUGUUGAAGAAGGCAGUGGUGAUGACCUGGCGCUGGAAAGUGGUUAUGUGAGGCAUGAAGGGAAAUCGGGAGGGGCAUUUAAGGGUGACGGUGUUUGCGAGUUCAACGAGAUAGCUGCAAGUAUGGGGUGUCUUGGGAGGUUUGAUGGGAGUGAGAUGAUGGGGAUUAUUAAGGGAUUUAUGAAGGUUUGAUGAUGACCUCAAUUUGGAUGAUUGAACUACUUUUUUCUAUUUGAAGAGAUGCAAAUUGGAACUGUAGCUUGGAAGUUCUUUGGCGCCAAAUUCUGAAAUCCAUUGGCUUAGACACUAUAUUUGCCACCAGAAAUUAUGGAUACUUGGGUAUCUGAACGAAGUCCCAAAUCCUCCAGUCUUAUGCAGAUGUCUGUUGGAUUUAUGUUUGCUUUUUGUGUAAUAAUAGAGUUGGAAUUGUAUUUUUAUUUGUAGUGCAGUCAUAUUAGAAAUUAUUAUGGGACAAAUUGUUCACAGGUCACCCAAAUUUAGGUCCAUGCCUUAAUUUGUAAAAGAAAAAAAAAAUCAUUCUCUAAGUUGCCAAAAUUAAAUACAUUCUUAGCACACCACUUUAUCGGUUCC